AUGGGGGAAUGGACCAUCUUGGAGCGGCUCCUGGAGGCGGCUGUACAACAGCACUCUACUAUGAUAGGAAGGAUUCUAUUAACUGUGGUGGUGAUCUUCCGGAUUCUGAUCGUAGCAAUAGUCGGAGAAACAGUCUAUGACGACGAGCACACCAUGUUUGUAUGCAAUACUUUACAACCAGGCUGCAACCAGGCAUGCUACGACAAAGCAUUCCCAAUUUCGCACAUCAGAUAUUGGGUGUUCCAAAUCAUUAUGGUCUGUACUCCGAGUCUAUGUUUCAUUACUUACUCUGUACACCAGACUGCCAAACCGAAGGAUCGCAGAUACUCCACUGUCCAUCUGUCAUUAGACAAGGACUCGGAUUCGAAUAAACGCGAUGACAGUAAAAAGAUUAAAAACACAAUCGUUAAUGGAGUACUUCAGAAUACAGAAAACCCAACCAAAGAAGCCGAGCCAGACUGUUUGGAAGUAAAAGACAUUACCACCUCGGCUAUGAGAACUACAAAGUCGAAAAUGAGGAGACAAGAAGGUAUCUCAAGAUUCUACAUUAUCCAAGUCGUUUUCAGAAAUGCGCUUGAGAUUGGAUUUCUCGUAGGUCAAUAUUUCCUGUACGGAUUCAACGUCCCAGCUGUGUACGAAUGUGAUCGAUACCCGUGCAUUAAAGAUGUAGAAUGCUACGUCUCGCGACCAACUGAGAAGAAAGUCUUCCUAGUCUUCAUGUUUGCCGUGAGUGGGAUUUGCGUGGUCCUGAAUUUAGCAGAACUUAAUCACCUAGGAUGGAGAAAAAUCAAAACUGCCGUGAGAGGUGUGCAAGCCAGAAGGAAGUCCAUCUACGAAAUAAGAAAUAAAGAUUCGCCCCGAAUGAUUAUGCCAAAUAUCGGCCGCACGCAGUCAAGUGAUUCCGCGUAUGUUUAG